UCCCCCUCCCGCCUCUCGAGUCGGCACAGCCACCCCAGUUCGCGCUCUCGGCCCGGCCGGGCGGUCCCGCGCCCCGCGCCUCGAAUCCCGCUCUCUGCCCUCGGCGCACUGCCUGCCCCCCUGCGCGGAUCUCCACCCCGCCGGCCCGCAGCCCUCUUUUCGCGCCGAGCCGGUGGCAGCAGCAGCAGCAGGGGGAGGAGGAGCCGGGAGGCGUCGGCUGGGCCCAUGGCGUACAGUCAGGGAGGCGGCAAGAAGAAAGUCUGCUACUAUUACGAUGGUGAUAUUGGAAAUUAUUACUAUGGACAAGGUCAUCCCAUGAAACCUCAUAGAAUCCGCAUGACUCAUAACUUGCUGUUAAAUUAUGGUUUAUACAGAAAAAUGGAAAUAUAUAGGCCUCACAAAGCCACUGCUGAAGAAAUGACGAAGUACCAUAGUGAUGAGUAUAUCAAAUUUCUACGGUCCAUACGACCAGAUAACAUGUCUGAGUACAGUAAGCAGAUGCAGAGAUUUAAUGUUGGGGAAGAUUGUCCAGUGUUCGAUGGACUCUUUGAAUUUUGUCAGCUCUCCACUGGUGGCUCAGUUGCUGGGGCUGUGAAGUUAAAUCGGCAGCAGACUGAUAUGGCUGUUAACUGGGCUGGCGGAUUACAUCAUGCAAAAAAAUCAGAAGCGUCAGGAUUCUGUUAUGUAAAUGAUAUUGUGCUUGCCAUCCUUGAAUUACUAAAGUAUCAUCAGAGAGUCUUGUAUAUUGAUAUAGAUAUCCAUCAUGGUGAUGGUGUUGAAGAAGCUUUUUAUACAACAGAUCGUGUAAUGACUGUUUCAUUCCAUAAAUAUGGGGAGUACUUUCCUGGCACAGGAGACUUGAGGGACAUCGGUGCUGGGAAAGGCAAAUACUACGCUGUCAAUUUUCCAAUGAGAGAUGGUAUAGAUGAUGAGUCUUAUGGGCAGAUAUUUAAACCUAUUAUCUCAAAGGUGAUGGAGAUGUAUCAGCCCAGUGCGGUGGUUUUGCAGUGUGGUGCAGACUCCUUAUCUGGUGAUAGGCUUGGUUGCUUCAAUCUCACAGUCAAAGGUCAUGCAAAGUGUGUAGAAGUUGUAAAAACUUUUAACUUGCCAUUACUGAUGCUUGGGGGCGGUGGAUAUACAAUCCGCAAUGUUGCUCGCUGUUGGACGUACGAGACUGCAGCAGCUCUUGAUUGUGAGAUCCCUAACGAGUUGCCAUAUAAUGAUUAUUUUGAAUAUUUUGGACCGGACUUCAAACUGCAUAUUAGUCCAUCAAACAUGACAAAUCAGAACACUCCAGAAUAUAUGGAAAAGAUAAAGCAGCGUUUAUUUGAAAAUUUGCGCAUGUUACCUCAUGCACCUGGUGUCCAGAUGCAAGCUAUACCGGAAGAUGCUGUUCAUGAGGACAGUGGCGAUGAAGAUGGAGAAGACCCUGACAAGAGAAUUUCUAUUCGAGCAUCAGACAAGAGGAUAGCUUGUGAUGAAGAAUUCUCAGAUUCUGAGGAUGAAGGGGAAGGAGGUCGUAGAAAUGUGGCUGAUCAUAAAAAAGGAGCAAAGAAAGCUAGAAUUGAGGAAGACAAGAAGGAAACAGAAGACAAAAAAGCAGAUGUAAAGGAAGAAGAUAAAUCCAAGGACAAUAGUGGUGAAAAAACAGAUACCAAAGGAGCCAAAUCAGAACAACUCAGCAACCCUUGAAUUGGAGAGUCUUCCCAAUUUUAGAAAAUCAUUAAAAAUCGAGGAAACAUUGGGACAAAAACUUUUCUUUUUGAAGACUUCAAGUUUCAUUUUAUACCACUUUGGCAUGGACUGUAUUUAUUUUCAAAAUGGUUUUUUGUUUUGUUUUUCUUGGCAAGUUUUAUUGUGAGUUUUUCUAAUUAUGAAGCAAAAUUUCUUUCUCCACCAUGCUUUAUGUGAUAGUAUUUAAAAUUGAUGUGAGUUAUGUCAAAAACUGAUCUAUUAAAGUAAUUGGCCUUUCUGAGCAA